AUGUCGACUGGCGUUAGCACCGGCAACGAUUCUGCUCAAACUGGAGUCAAGACGAGAUCUGACAUGUGCGGUCUACUCCGCAUCGCUGUGCCCAAACCACGGCCUCGAUAUCGCCUCGUCGUUUCAUCGGCAGUUACAACAGGACUCGAAGCAAGGACUCGCGAAUUUACAGGCAGGCAACAAAUUACAUUUUAUGGGCAUGAAGUUAGUCGCUUAAAAAUUCACCUCUUUUUAUACAGAACUAUUCACUGA